UCCUGCGCUGCGCUCUGCCGGCCUGGGGCGUCGCGGUACCCGCCUCCGCGCUGCGCACAGACCUCCCCCACCCCCGCCGCACCUACUCAGGCGCUCGGACGCGGGCGGGAGGCGGAGCGGAGGGGUCGGGGGCGGUGUCGCCUCAGCCCAGCAGCUGCAGGCGGCGGUGGCGGCGCCGGAGGUCCACGAGAUAUGGCUGCCUCGGUGUUCUGCUGCCUGCGGUGCUGCAGAGAUGGCGGGACGGGCCACAUCCCUCUGAAGGAGAUGCCGGCCGUGCAGCUGGACACGCAGCACAUGGGAACUGACGUUGUUAUUGUAAAAAAUGGAAGACGAAUAUGUGGAACGGGAGGUUGUUUAGCCAGUGCACCUUUACAUCAAAACAAAAGCUACUUUGAAUUCAAAAUCCAAUCCACAGGAAUCUGGGGUAUUGGCGUUGCAACUCAGAAAGUUAACUUGAAUCAGAUCCCCCUUGGCCGAGAUGUACACAGUCUGGUGAUGAGAAAUGAUGGAGCCCUAUACCACAACAACGAGGAGAAAAACAGGCUGCCAGCAAACAGCCUUCCACAGGAGGGAGAUGUGGUGGGUAUUACAUAUGACCAUGUAGAAUUAAAUGUAUAUUUGAAUGGAAAAAACAUGCAUUGUCCAGCAUCAGGUAUACGAGGGACAGUGUAUCCAGUUGUUUAUGUUGAUGACAGUGCAAUUUUGGAUUGCCAGUUCAGUGAAUUUUAUCAUACUCCUCCACCUGGUUUUGAAAAGAUAUUAUUUGAACAGCAGAUCUUCUGAAUGUAUUUGUUUUUGAAACUUGUAUUUCUACACUGUUAAAAGUGUUUACCAUUUAAUAAAGCUUUACCUGACACAUAGAUGAAAAUAUAUUCUUAAAAAUAUGCUUGUUAAUAUUGUCUAAGGAACCAGUGUAUACACUAUACCACCCUGAAGUUGUGAUUUAAAGUACUUGGGUUUUGUGAUAUGAAAUCAGCAUUUGGGGCGGUUUAUUUAACUCUUAUUUAAAUAAAUAUAACUGUGGGUUUAAUUAACAGUAUUAAACGGGAAUAUGUAUGUAGAUAUUUAAAAGGGAGUCUUUCUUAAUGUAAAAUAUUUGUAUUGAUAGAGACAGAGUUGGGUGGGUUUUUUGGUCAUUCUGAUGUUUAGACCUCAUUAACUGUUUUAAGUCCGCAGUCCAAUAAUUUUGUGUCUCAGUGUCUUUUUUUAUAUAGCGUAUAACAAAGUGACAAAUUUAUAUUAUUGGCAACUUCAGUUUUGGUGAUUUAUUUACUGUACAAUGUACCACUUUAAAAAUGUUAAUUGCUUGUUUUGUUUGUAUGCCGUUUUUAAUUUUCUUUGUGAAAGGAGAUAAAUGUGGUAGUAAUUAUUGGAGCAUUUUGUUGAAGACCAUCAUGCUGUGUUACUUCAAUACCUGAGUAAGUGGUGGUUGACUGGUGACAGUGUACACAGCAGACAUUUAGAAUAGUAUGAUGCCUUCAAUUUAAGUGGAAAUGAGGUUAUUCUUUUAAGGAUUUUAAUUUAAAUGUGCAUUUUUCUGUAAGGAAUAAUAAAAUAAUAGUAAUUAAGGACUAUUCAGUACUAUAUUAAAUACAUGUUCUUCCUGUUGUAAUUAUACUGUAAAUUCACUUUGCCCUUGAUUAUUCAGAAGUUCAGAAAUAAGUGAAUCCUCUCCAUGACCCUGACUGAGCCUUUUGCUUAGUUUUCAGGAAGAAUCCUUUAAAAAAUACCCUACAAAGCUGAACAAAUCACUGUCCGUAUCUUUGGGACAGUCUCCUUUGCAGAUAGGCCAGGCCAAGGAUGCAGGAGCAGUAUGUCGUACCAGAAAAACAUCGCUUAAGAAUCAAAGGAGACCUGAAUUGUAGUUUUGCCACCGGAUCCCAUUAUCUCUUCAGGCAAUUUCCUCAGUUUCUCUGGAUGCAGGUUCCCCAUUUAUAAAAGGGAUAGUCAUACCUUGUUGGUAAGAUUCUGAAACUGGUUAAAAUUACAUAUGCAAAACAGCCUCAUCAUCAUCUGCACGUAAUGAAUGCAGCGUCUUUGUUGACUGCGCUCAGUGGUUUUCAUAGUGUGGCCCUUAGACCAGCAGCAUCAGCCUUCCUUACCUGACAACUUGUUAGACGUGGACACUCAGGCCCCACCCCAAACCCAGGGAAUCAGAAACUGCUGGGGACGCACCCAGGAAUCUGUUACAGGAACAAGCCCUUGAGGUGAUUCUGAUCCACGCUGAAGAUUGAGAACCACUGCUCAGGAGAGAAUUCUCCAAGAGUG